AUGGCAGAAAAGGAGCAGGCGGCCCAGGAGCACGCACGGAACUUGGAGCGGCAGGUUCUGGAGUAUCAGCAGCAGCAGGGGGCUUUGCCGUGCGUGGUAGAGCUAGCCCGCACGGCAAAGGCGCGCACGGCAGCGAAGGGUGGCGCACGGCAACGUCGGUCGCACGGCAAAGAAAAGCAGCGCACGGCAAAGUCCUCGGGCACGGCAGCCCCCCUGCCGCACGGCAAAGAAGUGUCGCACGGCAGCGUUUGCAGCGCACGGCAGAGAUGGAAGCGCACGGCAAAGAGCUUUGCCGUGCAAUCCUUGCACGCGCACGACAAAGUACUGAGGCCCUCCUCCCUCGAGGAGCUCGCCGCAGAGGCUAUGUCGUUUAGUGAGGAUAACAAUGACUCAAUUGACGUGAAGGUACAGAAAGCUCUGGAAUGUCCGUGCGUUGCUGAUUUGAAAAGUGGACCUUGUGGCAGUGGAUUUAUCGAUGCAUCUUCCUGCUUCCUGAGGAGUACAGAAGAAGAGAAGGGAUCAGAUUGUGUGAAGCCCUUCAUCGCAUUGCAGAACUGCAUCAAGGAAAAUCCAGAGGCAUUUUCUAAGGAGAUUUUGGAAGAGGAGGAGAAUGACGAGGAGGUUGAGAAGUCCAACCUGAAAGUUAGAGCUCCAGCAUGGUCUAGAGAAGCCAACCCAAAGCUUUGAGAUCGUGUGGGAUUAAGCUGACAGCCCGAUAAAAAGUUUCCUCUGAUUGGCAUGCUACACCUUGUUUAUCCUAUAAAUUAUUCCAUUAUAGGCUAGAUUUCAGUGAGCGAAGUAUGCAUCAUGGGUCCUUCAGCAGAAAUAAGCCCAACUUGUGCGGUAGAGAUAUUCCACGUCUUUUUGUUUUGAAGAACAUAGUCGUUAUUGCUUAUGAGAAACUGAGAAACAUGUGUUUUAAGACUUAAUGGAUUAAGGCGCUGGUAAAUAUUGAAAGGAGCUUCCGUGCUUAUAGACUACUCAUUUUAUGAAUUGAUGGGUCUAUUGUUUUA